CUCUUUCAAAAACAGGGGCAUCAUAGGCCAAUAUUUUACCCGCUUUUCAUAGAACUGAGCUCAUUGCACCGGCCCCUGGGAGGAGGACGAUGCCGCCCCGCCUCCCGGCUCCGGGAGCACGUGCGUCAGGAAUUCGUAGUUCGACUCUCGCCGCGCCGCCACCGCAAGGUCCUCGUAGGUGACGGUUUGCCGGUCGCGGCCGGUCGCGCGCGCGCGCGCGGCGCCGGCGAACUUCUCGAGGAACAUCUCGGUCGCCUUCGCGACGAGGACAACCGCGUCGUUCGCCACCUGACUGACCUCGGGAUCCAAUUUCAUAAUCCUCUUGAUCGCCGCCUUUGGUAUCUGCAGCUGAUCGUGCGAGAAGGACGCUGUGGCGCCUUCCGCUGUGGUCGAGGACGACAUCUCGAGGGAAUAACUCUCUUUUUGUAUUCACGCGCGCAAUGUCCCGGACCACGAGGAGACAACCUUAUAGAUUUACCAUUACUUAAUCGCUUGCGCUUCGGCGCGAAGCUCCUGCUUCCCGCGUGCCAAGCUGUGCCAUACCCCGAGUACUAA